AUGGUGAAGAAGAGAAAUAGACAAUUGUCUUGGAUGGUGAAGAAGAGAAAUAGACAAUUGUCUUGGAUGGUGAAGAAGAGAAAUAGACAAUUGUCUUGGAUGGUGAAGAGAAAUAGACAAUUGUCUUGGAUGGUGAAGAAGAGAAAUAGACAAUUGUCUUGGAUGGUGAAGAAGAGAAAUAGACAAUUGUCUUGGAUGGUGAAGAGAAAUAGACAAUUGUCUUGGAUGGUGAAGAAGAGAAAUAGACAAUUGUCUUGGAUGGUGAAGAGAAAUAGACAAUUGUCUAAGAUGGUGAAGAAGAGAAAUAGACAAUUGUCUUGGAUGGUGAAGAGAAAUAGACAAUUGUCUUGGAUGGUGAAGAAGAGAAAUAGACAAUUGUCUUGGAUGGUGAAGAGAAAUAGACAAUUGUCUUGGAUGGUGAAGAGAAAUAUACAAUUGUCUUGGAUGGUGAAGAAGAGAAAUAGACAAUUGUCUUGGAUGGUGAAGAAGAGAAAUAGACAAUUGUCUUGGAUGGUGAAGAGAAAUAGACAAUUGUCUUGGAUGGUGAAGAAGAGAAAUAGACAAUUGUCUUGGAUGGUGAAGAGAAAUAGACAAUUGUCUAAGAUGGUGAAGAAGAGAAAUAGACAAUUGUCUUGGAUGGUGAAGAGAAAUAGACAAUUGUCUUGGAUGGUGAAGAGAAAUAGACAAUUGUCUUGGAUGGUGAAGAGAAAUAGACAAUUGUCUUGGAUGGUGAAGAGAAAUAGACAAUUGUCUUGGAUGGUGAAGAGAAAUAGACAAUUGUCUUGGAUGGUGAAGAGAAAUAGACAAUUGUCUUGGAUGGUGAAGAGAAAUAGACAAUUGUCUUGGAUGGUGAAGAAGAGAAAUAGACAAUUGUCUUGGAUGGUGAAGAAGAGAAAUAGACAAUUGUCUUGGAUGGUGAAGAGAAAUAGACAAUUGUCUUGGAUGGUGAAGAAGAGAAAUAGACAAUUGUCUUGGAUGGUGAAGAGAAAUAGACAAUUGUCUAAGAUGGUGAAGAAGAGAAAUAGACAAUUGUCUUGGAUGGUGAAGAGAAAUAGACAAUUGUCUUGGAUGGUGAAGAGAAAUAGACAAUUGUCUUAG